UCCGACUUGCCUCCUCUUCUCGUCUCUGAGUGCCUCUCGUUUGCGCUCUCAAGCUUAGGUCGAAGCUGGGAAAAGUAGGGCCUUGGUGUGUUUUCUCUGGCGCCCUUAUUUCGCGAGCACUCCCCCAUCCCGACAUGGGCAUCCCAUAUCAACCCUUCCAAGCCACGUCCGUUUCCGUGUCUUCGCGUGCCUCCCGCGCCUGCGCUUCCGCAUUCGUAUCUCGAGGCGUCGCCCCUCAGGCGCUCACCAGCCCAACGGGUCAUCAUCGUGACGGUCAAGCCCCACGAUCACUCCCAGUCGCCGCGUCGAAUCUCGCGACGCACGUCUCCGUGCGACUUCUGAGCGACGGCGGCGACGAGCAGCUGUUCAAGAUGCGUCGCUCGGCGCGCUUGGCGUUCCUCCUGGACCUCUACUGCCAGCAGCACCGUAGCGCGCGGCGCGCGUCGGUGCAGCUGUGGUUCCACGGGCGGCCCGUGGGCGAGUUGGCGACGCCGGACGACCUGCGCAUGGUGGACUCCGACUCCGUGCGCGUCGUCGAGUGCAACUGACCGUCGCAAGUGACUCACCGCCUCGGCUGCUGCUGCUGCUGCCGCUGCUGACAGCACUGCGCAGUGCGCACUGCCUUUGAGAAAAGCCCUUCAGCCAGUAAGGACUGCUCACGACUGGAGCUGAGCGAGGCUGAGCGCGUCUGCGCGGCCAAGAGGGAUACAUAAAUAUAUGGUUUCAGAGGCACAUCUCGGUCGGAGAUUCUCAAAGAGAUUCUCCAAUGCCCCUCUCUCGGCUUCCUGCGAAACAAGGAGGUUCCGCGGUUCAGCAAAGACAGUCAACCAUGGCUGCUGGCUGCUUGAGUCCGAGACAGUGAGGAGGACUGGGUCGUGUUACCGUAUGCUGCACAGCGGCGUGCCUGUUGCUGCCGUGUCUCCCAAGCAUUUGCAGCAGUGGGAAUGGGCGAAAGGAAGAUCCAACUUUUUGGUUGGACAUUUGAUGGAUGAAGCCAAGUUCCCUGUGUCUGAAAAUGCAAGGCCUUACUACAACUGUUGGGAUAGGAAACAGAGGGGCAAUCUCUCUGCCCAUGUGCCUCGUGAAUUUGACCCCUUUUGUGUCCUACAUGCGCAAUCUUAUUUUGCCGAAUGUGAUUUCUAUCAGCUGCAAUGAUGCUUGGUAUGGUGUGUGAAGAGU